AGGCGCCGGGAGCCCGCCCGGAGGCGCCGAGAGGGAAGGCGGGCUCGGUGGGGCCAUGGAGCUGCUGAAGCUGAACCGGAGCCUGCAGGGACCCGGGCCCGGGCUGGGGGCUUCCCUGUGCCGCCCGGUUGGCCCCGUCCUCAACAGCAGCAGUGCAGGGAACCUCAGCUGCGAGACCCCUCGCAUCCGUGGCGCCGGGACAAGAGAAUUGGAGCUGGCCAUUAGAGUCACCCUUUAUGCAGUGAUCUUUCUGAUGAGCGUUGGAGGAAAUGUGCUCAUCAUUGUGGUCCUGGGACUGAGCCGCCGCCUGAGAACUGUGACCAACGCCUUCCUGCUCUCCCUGGCAGUCAGUGACCUCCUGCUGGCUGUGGCUUGCAUGCCCUUCACACUCCUGCCCAAUCUCAUGGGCACAUUCAUCUUUGGCACCGUCAUCUGCAAAGCGGUUUCCUACCUCAUGGGGGUGUCUGUGAGCGUGUCCACGCUAAGCCUUGUGGCCAUCGCCCUGGAGCGGUACAGCGCCAUCUGCCGACCACUGCAGGCGCGGGUGUGGCAGACCCGCUCCCACGCGGCCCGCGUGAUCUUAGCCACCUGGCUGCUGUCCGGAUUGCUCAUGGUCCCCUACCCUGUGUACACCGCUGUGCAGCCGGUGGGGCCCCGUGUGCUGCAGUGCGUGCAUCGCUGGCCCAACGCGCGGGUCCGCCAGACCUGGUCGGUCCUGCUGCUCCUGCUCCUGUUCUUCGUCCCCGGAGUGGUUAUGGCGGUGGCCUACGGCCUCAUCUCCCGCGAGCUCUACUUAGGGCUUCGCUUUGAUGGUGACACGGACAGUGAGAGCCAGAGCAGGGUCCGAGGCCAGGGAGGUCUGUCCGGCUCUGCACCAGGUCCUGUCCACCAGAAUGGGCGUUGCCGGCCUGAAUCCGGCCUGUCAGGCGAGGACAGCGACGGCUGCUACGUGCAGCUUCCGCGGUCCCGGCCGGCCCUGGAGCUGUCGGCCCUGACGGCGUCCACUCCUGCACCAGGACCCGGCCCCCGGCCCACCCAGGCCAAGCUUCUGGCUAAGAAGCGCGUGGUGCGGAUGCUGCUGGUGAUCGUUGUGCUUUUCUUCCUGUGUUGGUUGCCGGUGUACAGCGCCAACACGUGGCGUGCCUUCGACGGCCCGGGUGCGCACCGGGCCCUCUCGGGGGCGCCCAUCUCCUUCAUCCACUUGCUGAGCUACGCCUCCGCCUGCGUCAACCCGCUGGUCUACUGCUUCAUGCACCGCCGCUUUCGCCAGGCCUGCCUGGACACUUGCGCGCGCUGCUGCCCCAGGCCUCCUCGAGCUCGUCCCAGGCCUCUCCCAGAGGAGGACCCUCCUACCCCGUCCAUUGCUUCCCUGUCCAGGCUGAGCUACACCACCAUCAGCACGCUGGGGCCUGGCUGAGGGGCGGGGGAGGUCAGGGUGCUGGGGCAGGACAGGCAUCCCUGUAGGCACAGAUACACCCAAACGCACAAGAAACACAAACCACAGUUGACAAAGAGACUGACACCCAACAGCAUGGACUAACCCAACACUCAGGAAACGGGUGGCAGUGCUCACACAAAAGAAACCAGAACAGAGCCUUACACAGAAAGGGAGCUCCCUGAUGGCCUCCCUAGAGACAGAGAGCCCUGAUCUUGACAGGCAGACAAAGCAUCCCCAGCAGCAGACCAUCCCUACACCCUGGGGACUCUGACAGCUGACCUGUCCCUCAUGCCCGUAUACAUUAACCGCACUGAUUCUCCAGGGGCGACAGACCCUGGCACAGGACUGAUUUGGGUUGUUCCAGGCUGUCCUCGGUUUGACCUCACAAGGCACUUCCCCAACCAGCACUGAAGAUACCAACAGGCUCUUUAGGACUGAAAAGUCUCUUCAUCACUUUCCAGUUAAGGACUGCAGCCCUGCCCCGUCAUUUUCCCCCAACCUGUUUGAGAAACAAUAAAUGACUUGGCCUCCUUCUUGA